AUGUCAAAGUUCACCACUUCCGAUUCUCAAAUCUCCUCCAACCUCAUAAUCCCCGUAUUAGAAGCCGAAACUGUUGAAACCCAUUCCUUCUAUCAACAAACAUUCAAGAAAAUUGCAAACUUUUUAUUAUUCAACACUCGACUCCUCCUUCCCAAAAAUCAAGUCUUCACCUUUCUUGAGAUAGAAUUCUACUUACGAGACGAAACCCACGAUCAUGACGAUCCAUAUAGCCACGGACAUGAGCACCAAUUAACUUCCGGAGAAUGGUAUUUCCACCACGUGGGUAAGGUGGGUUAUCGUGGUGGAACCAGAAAAGGAGUUGAUAUCACUUUCGGAUCUCGCGACAGAAACAUCUAUGGAGGAAUUUUAAUACGCUCUAUUAGAAAUGAUACGAAUAACCAGGUGAUUGAGGGACCGAGUUUGGUUGUGGAUAAGAUUUUAGAAUGCUGCGGGGUUGAUCAGAAAGGCGGCAUCAGAGAGAUGGUAGAGAUUCAUUGGAAGGAGAAAAGUGGCAUUUUGAAAGAUGCCGAAAACUCGAAUGGAUUAGUUUAUAUAACUUUGUUGAAUAAUGUUAAAGAAACAUCAUCACAUAAUUCUCUUUUGAAUGAGAAUAACGAAAUCUUGGCUUCACCUUAUUUUUCUCAGCAUUCAUCCGGUUCAAAUAAGAAGAGAAAUAAUACCGAAACUGAAGCUGUAUCUCCUUAUUUUCCACAGUCUUCUCCAAUUUCUCGACAAAAAAAGAUUAAAUUCGAUUAUCAAGAUGAAUUGAAAUCGGAAAAUCCGUCACCUACGGAAUCAUCCUCAGAACUUUCUUCAUCUUGCGUUGUAUAUAACUCACCGAGAGUAGGUUUAACGCUAUCCAACACACUCCCAUCUCCAGAGGUUCGCUUAAGAUAUAUAUUAAAGCCUUACAGGUUCAUGAUUUUUCCUCAUCUUUUAAAAAAAGGAAAAGCGCAACUUAUCGUGGGAUUGCACGACGAAUUCAACGAUGUUAGCAAAGUAGCAGAGAUUUUAAGGACCAAUCAAGCGACGGUGGUCAAUCAUGUUCGGGAAGUAAGCAUGGGGAUGGGUGAUGACGGCGGGGACGUGAAGAGCUUCUUAGGGAUAAAGAAUAAAGGGUCAAGUGGGCUUGAGUAUUGUCGUAUGGUUGGUGUG